UUUUUAAAAACUGGGCGCGUUUUCUACUGCAUACAAGACAGAACUAUUGGUAAGAACAAUCACUGAAUUUAUUCAUAAACCUUUAUCACAUUAUGCUGUAGUUACGUGAAAAUAUCAUAAUAGCACUUGAGUAAGUUAGGUCGUUGAUCGCUAACUUUUGGUCCUUGCGAUAGAUUACUGACUGUUGUUGAAGUUAGCCUAGCUAGCCAGUUUUGCUAGCGUUGAGGUACUUUGACUCAGUCUUAUGUGUUCACAGAUCGAGGAAAGAAUGGACUCUUCUUUUGCCAGUGAUGUGAAUGCAUUUAAGACGCCCUGCAAACCAGACAAGAUGAAAAGCCUUCUCUCUGAUGGCGCACCCAGUCCUAGAACCCCCAUAACCAUCCCUGCCUCCCCUUUCAUGAAGAAACUGGGAUGUGGAACUGGGGUGAAUGUUUAUCUCAUGAACAGGUUUGUUUUGUGUUAUGACCUUUAUGCAAUUGAUCCUUAAUCCUAGCUAGCUAUAGACAUAUUUCCAUAUGUCAAAUACACAUUGGUGUAUCUUUCCUAUACAUCUCUUUACAGUAUAUUCUGUCAUUUAGCUUCUCAAUAUCACCUAUGGUGUUGGUAUGUCAUGAGUCAUGUUCCUAUGUGCUCUUUUCCAGAGUUGGUAAAUUGAACCAGUCUCCUUGGGCUGUUAAAAAGAUCAACAGCAAAUGUGCCUCAAAGCAAGUGGGUGUAUACCAGAGACGACUCUGUGACGAGGCAAAGAUCCUGAAAGGCCUGGACCACCCAAACGUUGUUGGAUUCCGUGCCUUCACCACUGCCAAGGAUGGCUCCAAGUGCCUGGCCAUGGAGUAUGGUGGGGAGCAGUCCCUGAACGAUCUGAUAGAGAGGAGGAGAGAGGAGGGCCUGAAGGCUUUUCCAGCCACCACCAUUAACAAAGUGGCCUUACAUGUGGCGCGUGGCCUACAGGUAACAUCCUACUCAUCUGUUGAACCCAGUUUUCACCUGGUAUUGAUCUGGAAUGGGUUACAAUGGGAGGAAUGGAGAUAUUGCUUGUAACAUAAAGCUGUAAUACCAGGAGUACUGUAGUGUAGACUGGAUGUGAUGUCAUCCAGCUCAUCGAUAUGGAUGGGAUUUAUUCUCAUGAUUUGGGGCAGAGAGGUCAUGUAAGCAAAUAUAAUUCAAGAUUGCUAUUAUACAUUUUCCCCACUCAAUCAUCCUCUGAUGUGAAUAAGGGGUAUUUGAGUUUCUCCUCCAUUGGUGUCAUUACAUGAACUAUUUCAGGUUUAGGAUUUCAAAUGUUCUGUAAUCCCCUGAGGGGGUGUUGCUCUAUGCUGCAGUUUUUAAACAGCAUCAUUGCUGAGUGUAGAGAUCUUUGAUUCAUGGCCUAGUUAUGACCAAAUCAACUGAAAAAACACCAUGAAAAAAGCCCCUCUUCAAUGGAAAUUAUUUUCCUGUUUUCUCUUUCACUCUCAUUGUUCCCAGAUGCUUAAUGUUAUUCCAUCUUUCAAUGUGAAUCAAACACAUAUGACUGUGUACAAUUGUUACAGAAAAUAUAUGAAGGAAAUGCUGAAAUGUAUAUUUGUUUCACCUCCAGUACCUUCACAACGAGAAGAAGCUACUACAUGGCGACAUGAAGUCUUGCAAUGUUGUCAUCAAGGGCAACUUUGAGACUGUCAAAAUCUGUGAUGUGGGAGUCUCCUUGCAGUUGGAUGAGAAUAUGAAAGGUAGAUAUCACCAUCUGAGCUGAAUCCAUGCACUCAAACACUGGUCAAAUAGGCAGAACUUGGUGUUUUUUCUCCAUCUAUUGCUGUUGUUAGACAACCUGUCUUUGUCUCUGUUUAGAAAGUGUGAACCUGAGAAAUUAGCUGGAUGUAAACACUGAUUAGGACCUGAACAAAAUGCAUUCCUAGCCCUCUUUAGUUUUGGUCUUUGGGUGUAAUGCCAAACAUCUGUUGUUCCUGCAACAUAGCCUGUUAAUUACAUUUUUGUCAUUUAGCAGACGCUCUUAUCCAGAGCGACUUACAUGAGCAAUUAGGGUUAAGUGCCUUGCUCAAGGGCACAUCGACAGAUUUUUCACCUAGUCGGCUCGGGGAUUAGAACCAGCGACCUUUCGGUUACUGGCACAACGCUCUUAACCACUAAGCUACCUGCCGCCUAUUUCUGAAAUACAAGAAUAUAUAGACUUGUAUUGUCCUGCCUUGUUCUUUGAGAGGUUCUAUGACCUCAUGAAGAAAAUCUGAUUGAUGAUUUUCACAAUGUUGUGCGCGCUCAUGUCAUGAGCCUAAUGGAACACAUGCCCAGGGGUUACAUCAUGCUCAUGCUUUCUCAGAAACACAGCCUUUGAAUUCAUAGUAGUGAUGUUGUAGGGAGGGGUAUAGAGUAACAGACAAUGUGCAGGUGGUUUGCUUAUGUAAACAAUGGAUUUUCUUCAUGAGGUCAUAGAACCUCUCAAAGAACAAGGCAUGACAAUACAAGUCUAUAUAUUCUUGUAUUUCAGAAAUAGGCUGUAGACCUAUACAUAUGUGAACACACAAUAGUGAAUAAUUCGAAGUGUCAAGUGAAAUGCAAUAAGUGUUGUUAACCUCAAACCAAAUACAGAAGAGCUUUGUGUUUGACACACAUCGAUACUUGUAUUUAGAGUAAAAUUGCUAAUAGUUUCAAUCCUAUCAUGGUAACUUUAAUGCGGUUUGCUUGUGAAUGUUUUGAGCAAUGUGUGUGUGAUUUAAUUACAGUUAUAGAGACAUUAACAUUGGCAGGAACAUAAAAUGUAUUUUAUAAUUGGGCUCUUAAGCAAAUAAAUUCCUCAUCUUUAUUCUUCCAACGUGUUUAUCUUACACAUAUGUUCCCAACUUUCGGAAAUUUAAAUUCUAUUUUUGGAUUAGCUGAGAACCACCAAUACUCACAAACUGUUGGUCAAAUGUAACAAUGCCCAGUAAGCCUAAAAACCAAGGUUUUAAUCACUGUAUAAAGUGUUCAAACCUCUUCAGCGAGUAACCCCAAAGCAGAGUAUGUUGGCACUGAGCCGUGGAAGCCCAAGGAGGCUCUGGAGGAGGGAGGAGUGAUCACAGACAAGGCAGAUAUAUUUGCCUACGGACUGACCCUGUGGGAGAUGAUGACUCUGGCCAUGCCUCACCUGGAGAUGCUGGACAGCGAGGAGGAGGGUAAGGAGAGUUCUGUAUGAGAGUCUAGAACUCUUUUUAAAAGGCAAUUUCCCUUGUUUUGGAUUUAUGUAAGACUUCUGUCCCAUACAAGAUAACUUGCUCAGUAAUAGUUUUUAAAUCAUUGUAUAAUUCUCAGAUGAUUCAAUGGAUGAGGACGACUUUGAUGAGGAUGCCUACUAUGAGAAGUUGGGCACCCGACCGGCGCUGGACUCUGACAGUCUUGGGGAAGCCUACCAGAGAAUGGUGGAGCUCUUCUGGCUCUGCACGGAGGAGAACCCACAGAAACGCCCCUCUGCUGCCCAAAUAGUUCAGGUUCUGGAGUCCAACAUGCAGGCGGACAAAAAUAGUGAGGUCAUUGUCAUAGACUGA